AUGGCGAACUCCGUAGACCGCCCCGAUACCCGCGACACGAACCAGCAUGUGUUAGGAAUCCCUCGACCACCAUCUGUUGGAGGAAUCUCGUCCCGAGUCACAGAUGUUGCGUCAGAAGAUGGGGAGAACGCUCCGUCCUAUACAUCGCCGCCACCUUCGGUCCAACCGCGUACCUCUCUCUCCAGACGUGCUCCGCCGCCUAGUCGGAGCUCGAUGGCUGCGUCCAGUCAGAGACCUGGUAGCUCGGGAAGCCGACUGAGCAGAACGCACAUUCCAUCUCUUACGGCCCAGGCCUUCUUUCGGCCGAUGAGCUCGCAGCGACUGCAGGCACACCGAGGAGGACGGCCAAUGACCAAGGGGACGGUAUCCUCGACCGAUGAUUGGAACGACCAAACAAGUCAAAAUCGCCGGAGUUUGAUUUCGAACAGCACUAUGCAACAAGGAUCGCUUCCACAGGUGGAUAUGGAAGUGCCUCCAUCACGGGGAACAGAGUUCACAGAUCCCAUUAUUCCCGACCGAAACACCUCCAAUGCCAGCCCAACAGGCAAUACGACGGUUCGAAGUCUAGGUGAAAGCGUCCAGCUCCUUCGUGAUCGAGAUCAAAGAGACAAACCUCGUCCCGGCCACCUAAACCUCAGCGCGAACUAUGUUGGACACCAUGCCCAAGAGGUGCCGCCCAAGUCACCAUUGUCUUUCCUGUCAUUGCAGAAUAAGGGCCCCGCACAUAACCAUCAUCAUUCCAGUCAUGAUACCAGAGGCCAUGAGCGACUGUCUUCUGCUGGCUCAUCUCCGGGACCAAUGGAUGUUAAGAAGCAAUUGCCACGGGGUAAUCUGGGCAAGAACUGGGAGUACUUUGUUGGCAAUACCCUCUUCUGUUUCGGUGGCCGGUUCCUCAACUCAAGAGACAAGCCGAUCAAUAUCGCAACAGGGUUCUUGGUUGUAGUUCCCUCAGCUCUGUUCUUUGGGUUCUCCGCCCCUUGGUUGUGGCACAAUGUUUCUCCCGCAAUCCCCAUCUUAUUUGCAUAUGUGUUCUAUAUUUGCUUUUCUUCGUUCGUGCACGCCUCCGUGGUCGAUCCUGGAAUUAUGCCUCGGAACGUUCACCCGAUGCCUCAUUCAGGUACAUCCGACGAUCCACUUGCUGUUGGCCCGCCCACAAAUGACUGGGUCAUGGUCAAACUGGCCACGUCUGAUGUUGCUGCCAUGGACGUACCUGUCAAGUACUGCAAGACCUGUGCGAUCUGGCGACCUCCUCGUUGCUAUCACUGUCGAGUCUGUGACAAUUGUGUGGAGACACUCGACCACCACUGCGUCUGGCUGAACAAUUGCGUUGGCCGGCGCAACUACCGCUACUUCUUUGCCUUUGUCAGCUCGUGUACGAUUCUCUCCCUUUUCUUGAUCGGAGCCAGUCUUGCGCACAUUCUGCUUUAUAUGAACCGCGAAGGAAUCUCCUUUGGGGCAGCCAUUUCCAAGUGGCGCGUACCGUGGGCAAUGGUUAUUUUCGGUAUCAUUGCGGUGCCCUACCCGACCUCCUUAUGGAUAUACCACCUGUUCUUGGUUGGCCGUGGUGAGACCACAAGAGAGUAUCUCAACUCCCACAAGUUCCAGAAGCAGGACCGUCAUCGGCCAUUCACUCAAGGCAACGUCCUCAAGAACUGGAUCGCCGUUCUGGGGCGGCCUCGCCCGCCCACCUACAUGCAAUUCAAGCGUCCCUACCAAGAAGGAGACCAGCGCUAUGCCAUGCAAAAGCGAAAAUUCCUCCCCCGCGAUGUCGAGUCUCAGGCGGGAAUUGAGAUGCAAAAUGUUGGCCCUCAUCGGCAGGACUAA